AUGUCUACCGACGCAGUGGAAUCGUCCGAGCAGAGGGCGGCAGAACAGCUCGACGUCGAGAUCCUUCCCGGCACUGAGGUGAUGAAAGAUGUUGGCGAUGUUCACUUUGCACAUGCCAAUGGCGCCGACAGAGGAUCAGUCCUCGUACCUCAGCCAUCGAACAACCCCAAUGAUCCUCUGAACUGGAGCACGCCGUGGAAGCUCGUGGUAGCAUUUUCGCAGCUGCUCUAUGUCUGGGUCCUCGUGUGCUCAGCGCUAUCGCUCGCGCCUCUAUUCCCGUUCUUGGGAAUGGAAUUCCACUUGAAUCAGCAGCAGUUGUCGCUUCUCACUGGCCUGAAUGUCAUCACUCUUGGAUUCGCCAACAUCUUCAUCGUGCCAAUCUCGAACAUCUUCGGCCGUCGCCCAACCUCGAUCUUCUUCGGCGUCUUGGUUAUUUUGACCAACGUAUGGCAAGCACUGGCGUCCAGCCAUGAGAGUUUGCUCGCUGCUCGUGCCUGCAACGGCAUCGUUGCUGCAACCAGCGAAACGAUCAUGGUGCAGACCAUUGCCGACAUGUUCUUCUUGCACGAGCGUGGCACGUGGAUGGCGAUGUACUUCACCUUCUACUUCUCAGGUGCCUUCCUGGGCCCGAUCAUGGCUGGUAGCGUUGGCAGCCGUCACGGAUGGCGCAGCUUCUUCUGGCUGUCAACCGCAUUGGCUGGAUUUGUCACUAUUCUCCUCAUCUUCUGCUACCCAGAGACGAAGUUCCACCGCGACUCUACCAACCACGCUGGGACCAAAUCGAACAGCAAGAACCACAGUGAGGUGCAAGAGAAGACCGUGGACAGCGAGGCAAACAGCAACAGCGAUGCUGUUGACGGACAAUGGGUGCGCAAGGGUCGUCCAAGCAAGGCUCAGUACGCUCCAAUGAUGAAGCCAGACCGCCGAUGGAUGAGCUUCGUCAUUCGCGAUCUCACCACUCCGAUUAUCGUCUUCUUCAACCCAAUUGUGUUCUGGUCUGCGCUCAUGCUUGCUGGUCCCGCUGAUUUGCUACUGCUCUUCAACUUGACCGAGUCUGGUCUGCUCAGCUCUCCUGCAUACGGCUGGUCUCCACAGGCUGUUGGAUACUCCAACUUCGCCUUCUUCGUCGGUGGCAUCUUUGGCGUCCUGACUGCUGGUCCCCUCUCCGACUGGUGGGCUCGCCGCAAGACCAUCCAAAACAACGGCAUUCGCGAGGCCGAGAUGCGUCUCCCGGCUCUCCUCCCCUACGUUUGCUUCUUCAUCGUCUCCCACGUGGUUGGUGCCGUCGGCUACCAGCGAUUGUGGCCAUGGCAGGCGAUCAUUGUCUGCGGUUUCGGUUUCUCUGGUCUCGCGGUCACUUCCAUCCCAGCCAUCUCCAUCGCCUACGCCAUCGACUGCUACAAGCCCAUCUCUGGCGAGAUCAUGAUCAUCGGCACUGUCCUCAAGAACGUGCUCGGGUUCUGUCUCAGCUACUGGGUCUUCGACAUUAUGGCUCGCGACGGUUGGGUCACCGUCUAUAUGAUCCAGUUCGCCGUCUCGAUGUUCCCCGUCGUCCUUACCAUCCCACUCUACUUCUACGGAAAGAAUUUGCGACGAUGGACGAAGAAUUCUGACCUCCAUCGCAUGGAGGCUAUGAUCUAG